AUGGCAGACUUCAAGAAGAAAAUGAUCAGGGUACUGAUACGAGACUGCCACGCCCUCAUCCACAAGUACCGCCAGAUGAUUGUACAUCAUUCGUCAACUUGCCAGUCGAUCUUUACGGCACACGAGCUAGAGGUCCUCAAAGCGGCAAUUCUGGACAGCGCACGGCGUCACCGCAAGUUGCGUGAUGACCAGUUGUCUGGAAAAUUUGAGAAAAUAAGUCCGUCAAAGCAGCCCUCUACUGACGGUGCCUUGGUUCACAACUUGUCCUCUCAUCGUUUCACUCAGCAACAACUAGCGGUUCUAUCCUAUGACGCGAAGUUCAACACAAGAGAUGCUCGACCAGAAGACUUUAUUGCAUCCUUUGAAUCGGCGCUCCAGAAGUGUGAGGCAGGCGAGGAGUGCAAAAACGCCAUGCGACAACAAGUGUCGACCUUACUACUCCAACACAAACGCCAGAUGACGAUUUCUAAAGCAGAAGAUCGAGAACUUCUGAAGAUACGAAAAAGGAAGGAUAUCGUCACCCUGCCCGCCGACAAGGGGCGCUCGACUGUCGUCAUGGAUAAGGCUGAGUACUGCACAAAACUAGGCAACCUCUUGAUGGACAAGGAAGCUUAUGUGCCAUCGACCGUCAGCGAGUUUAAAAAGCUCGUAAACAGCAUAAACAAUACGAUCGGCAAGCUGAGGAAGGCGGGAGCUCUUACGAGAAGGGAGGCGUUGGCCGCAAAAGCCAGUGAUACCGCGAUGGCGCGCUUCUACGGCCUACCAAAGGUCCACAAGCAGGGGGUACCGCUACGCCCCAUCGUCUCCUUACGUGGUACUCCAACCUUUGGGCUGUCAAAGUGGCUGUACCAGCGACUUUGUUUCCUUACCAAGGAUUCGCAGUGGACAGUGAAGUCAGCUGAAGAGUUCUUGACGCGAAUCAAACAUCUCGAAGUGGAGGCAGAUGAGGUGAUGGUGUCAUUUGACGUGAUCUCAUUAUUCACCUCCAUCCCACCCGCGCUGGCUAUCGACACUAUUGAUGGCUUUCUCCGGGAAAAGUAUGAUGAAACCGACCAACAGCUCAAACGAGCACACAUCAUCGAGCUCCUAGAACUGUGUCUUAAGACCUUCUUUACAUUCAACGGCCAAGUCUACGAGCAAAAGAAGGGGACACCGAUGGGCUCGCCUCUGUCUGGACUAAUUGCCGAAGCAGUUUUGCAGAGACUCGAGCAGCAGGUCUUCAGCUCGUACCCCCCGAAGUUCUGGGCCAGAUACGUCGACGACACGUUCAUUGUAAUCAAGAGGAGCGAGGUGAACGCUUUCAAGGCAUUGUUGAACUCCAUCUUUCCCGAUAUUCAGUUUACUAUGGAAGAGGAAGUCGACAAUCAGUUGCCCUUCCUGGACGUACAAGUUACGAGAUUGACAGACGGGAAGAUAAGGACAACGGUUUACCGUAAGGCAACAAAUACCAGGCGCAUCCUCCACUUCCGAAGCAACCACCCUGUUGGUCAUAAACGCAGUUGUGUCAGAACUCUCUUUCAACGUGUUCAAACACACUGUAGCGACGACAGUGGGAGGAAGGAGGAGAUGAAUUAA